CUCUGUUGGUUUCUCUGGGAGGUGUCUGUGAUGGAAAGGUGCCUUUCUCAGAUAAUGUCGGGUCUGAAUUUCAAUGCAGAUGUGGGGAGAAUCGUACGUGGGUGUUGGAUGGGGACUGUUUCUAAAUGAUUUCUUCUCGCUGCAAAGCAGGCCAGUUACUGGCCAGCGAAAGCACCUGGCUGGUGCUGGUGGAUAACGCUGGGCAGAGCAGCAGGAGCGGAUGCAAAGCACCACCUGCACAGGGGAGAUUUUCCUGUGAAACAGGAGGGCAGAACUAGGUGCAGCUACUGAGUACAAGUUAAGUGAUGUUCAUGCAGAAGAGAUCUGUUUCUAGUGCUGUACUAAAUAAGAGAUACUUCUGGAUGACACUCAUGAGGAUAAUCAUUACUUACAGAGUAUUUUACAGUAUUCCGUGUUUUGUGAACAAAGAUAUUGAUCCAGCAUGGUGACUGAAGGGGAAAAGAAUGUAAUGGGAGUGGCUGGAACGAGCUUCUCCAUAGUUUAAGGGUUAAAUCAAGACACAGAAAAGCUGCAGAAAUCGCUCUGCCAAGAUGAAGCGAGAUGAUUACAAGCAGACUGAGCGGGCCAGAGUGACAAGGUUUUCUCAAGUUCUGGAAGUAGCAGGACGUUUGGUUGCUAACUGACCUGGAACUUAUGCUCCACCUUGGAAAGAUCUGCAGUGGGAGCCGUUCACCUUCACAUACCCUGUAGUUUUUUGCCUCAGAAGAAAAGGACUUGGUGUGUGAGAGUGGCACAAGGUGACAAUGUAACAUAGGUGAUGCUGAAGGUCUCCUGAGAAGAACUGACUCUGUAAGAGGCUUCUCCUUCAUCCUGCUCUCCCCCGCCUUUUUUUUUUUUUUUUUGAUAACUCCCCCUUUCAGUAUCUACAAGCAAGAUGCCAGCCAAGACACCCAUCUACUUGAAAGCCGCUAACAACAAGAAAGGGAAGAAAUUCAAACUAAGGGAUAUCUUGUCUCCAGAUAUGAUCAGUCCGCCACUUGGAGAUUUUCGUCACACCAUACACAUUGGAAAAGAGGGACAACAUGAUGUUUUUGGAGACAUCUCCUUUUUGCAGGGCAACUAUGAGCUAUUGCCUGGAAAUGAAGGAGAAACUAGAGGUAGCCAAUCUGAUGGCCACAGUGAAUUCUUAAGGGCAAACAGCACUUCUGAAUCCAUGUUUACAGAAACUCCAUCACCAGUGCUCAAAAAUGCUAUUUCCCUUCCUGCCAUUGGGGGUUCUCAAGCUCUUACGUUGCCCUUACUGUCACCAGUGACAUUUAAUUCAAAACAAGAAUCCAUCAAGUCAUCAAGAAAUCCUAGGCUUAGCUGUGAGCCAGUAAUUGAAGAAAAGUUGCAGGAGAAAAGUAAACAGAUGGAAGAUGGAGAAUCAUACAAAGAUGACUUAUGGGAGCAAAAUGGUUCUUCAUCACAUUUUUCUAAUGGUAGAGACAGUCACUCAUCCAGCUUUUCUGAACGAUGCACUGAUUGGCAAACAGUUGAUUUAUUUGAUGACAGUCAACUUUCGUGUGAACUAACCAAGACAAAGUCAGAAGAAUCCCUUUCAGAUCUUGCAGGCUCUCUUCUCUCAUUACAGCUUGACUUGGGACCUUCACUUUUGGAUGAGGUCCUCAAUGUAAUGGACAAGAAUAAAUCUUAGAACUGGUACUCCUUGCUUUCUUGUAAGUGAUUCACUUAAACAAAACCAACAACAAAAAAAACCACCAUUCAAGAGUAGAGACGCUUAAAAAUCAGCUGUAUUUGCAGUUGUUUGACGGGUUUUCUAAAAAUAUUCAUAAAGUACUAUUUUUUUACCUAUUGUUUUUCAUGAUUUUUAUUACACUAAAUUCUCGUAUCAGGAAGGUAAAUUUUAAUAACAAUUUUCAGCAAACAUAAAAUGUUUUUAAGUACCAGUAUAAUGAUCAGAAACUUAAGAAACGGAGUUUGAGGAUGAUACUGAUUGUGACAUUUGGUUAGUUCACUUCUACAGGCUUCUGAAUAUAUGAGACUCUGUAAGUGUCAGAAAGGAGAUUGGUAUUAUUCACUGUUACAGACUAUUACAACACCAUGUUACGUGUAGGCCUCUUUCUAGAACCUUGUGUGGGGGGGUCUUGAUUGUUGUGUUUUUUUUUUCCCUAGUACCACUUCUGUUAUACCUUCACAGUAACUAUUUCUGCAGUCUUAUACUACCGCUCUAUAUUCAGAUGUGAACAAUUUGAAGGCUUUUUUCAGCUUGAACACCUGGUCCAGAGUCUUGGCUGUUUUAAAUGAGUAUGCACAAAUUUACACAAGUUGAGGCUUUGGGCCUGAUAUUGUAUAUGAAAUGAUAUGUUGUAAACAGGUGACACAUGCAAGAUAUUAUGGUUAAAUUAUUUUAAAAGUUGAAAUAUAUUUUUUGUGUGUAUCUUGGCUUUUUACUGCAGAGCCUACACAUACAGUAUCUCAUCAAAAUAGUUGCUUGACAUUAUUGGUGCUCUUCUGAAAAUUGUAUAUUUGUGUGUUUGAAAAGAAAUAUGUAUUGAUAUUCCUUGCUUUUUUUCUUCAUUUAUUGCCACACAUGCUUAAACUUGCAACUGAUUAUUUUAACUUUUCAAGAAGGCACUGGUUAUUCACAACGCUUGUGAUGUGUGCUGCAACAGCCGAUGUUUUGGGAAAUGUGGAUCCUUUAAUACAGUACAUGGAUUGCAUAGAUAUCUUGUGCAAUACAAUAAAAAAAUUAAAUCGC